AUGGCCACUGAAGCGUACAACAACAAUAAACUCGCUGGGAAGCAUGUGCUGAUCCUAGGCGCCACAUCUGGUAUCGGCUUUGCAGUUGCCAAAGCUUGUCUGGCGUCCAAAGCCUCACUUACCAUUUCGUCAUCAUCCACUGAACGCAUCCAUUCGACGAUGCAGAAGCUACACACCGGCUUUCCUGAUGGUCAAAUCAAAGGCUCUGCAUGCAAUCUAGCUGGCAAGGACGUGGAGCAUGAAAUCCAGCAGCUCUUCCAACAAGCUGAAGCGGAAAGCGGCAAGGUUGAUCACAUAGUCUACACCGCAGCGGACGCUUUAGCUAUUACACCGGUUCAAGACAUUACACGAGAGAAAAUCAUUGCCGCUGGCCAAAUGCGUUUUGUGGCGCCAAUCUUGGUUGCUAAGAUUGGCUCGCAGUAUCUAUCUUCAGGCCCAGAGUCAUCGAUUAUUUUUACAUCGGGAACUGUAUGGGAACAUCCUUCACCAAACUGGACCCUGAUUGCGGGAUACAUGGGGGGAGUGUGCAGUGUCACACGGAAUCUUGCUCUAGAUUUGAAGCCUAUCCGUGUGAAUGCUGUUAGCCCAGGACUGGUUAAUACGGAAUUAUGGGAUCCGCUUGUUCCAGACAGUGAGCAGAAAGCGGGCAUGUUCCAAUAUCAAGCGCAGAAACAUGCCACUGGACGAGUAGCAAAGCCAGAAGAUGUAGCAGAAGCUUAUCUGUAUCUGAUGAAAGAUGUCAACAUCACAGGUCGGAUUAUCAGCUCUGAUUCCGGUGGGCUCCUGAUGUAA